UCCAACCAUUAAGAGCAGAAAUGAAGCUGCUCCUUGUUCUUCUCCUGCUCGCUUUGGCUUGUGGUGAAGCCGUGGGUUGGAUAAGAGAGUACACUUUCAUUAACAACAUAACAGAUUGGGCUUCUGCUAAGACAUACUGCAGGAAUAACCACACGGGUCUGGCCAACGUCACGACGAGCGUGGAAAACAAACGCCUCAUAAAGAGUGGAUCGGGUUCUGAAGGUUGGCUCGGGCUGCAAGUGAACAUAACCACCUUGAAUGAUUCAGACCCAACUUUCUUCAACUGGUGUCCAGGUUGCCCUAGUAAAUAUGUCAAAUGUGUUUUCACCAAUACUGAAGGAUUUUGGAACACUGGCUUCUGCAUGAACAAGAAAGGUUUUUACUGCUAUCGGUUCCUGAUCCUGGUGAAAAUAAAAAUGACCUGGGAGGAGGCUCAGGAUUACUGCAGGGCUAAAUACACUGGUUUGGCCUCCGUGAUCUCCGAGGCGAGUCUGCAGCAGGUGAUAGAAGAGUCGGCGCAGACGCAGACAGAGAACGUGUGGACCGGGCUGAGCUUCAUUAAUGGAAUAUGGCUGUGGGUGAGCAGGGAGCUGCUGGGGGACCAGGUUUCAAUGCCACCUCAAUGUCCAGCACCACCGUACCGCUGUGGAUCCGUCAACACCACGUCAAACACCUUAAAUAUCCAAAAUUGCAAUGACAAGCUGAAUUUUGUCUGCUUCAAAAAGUGAUUUUUACUCAAACUCUCCUUUGACCAUUUAUUAUUUAUCAUUUUUAGCCUUUUCACUAAUAUUUAACUGGGUUUGAGGUUCUGAUGGAACUGCAAGUGGGCACACGUUGAGAUUUUUUCUUUGGUGAA